AUGGCCGCGAGUGGAUGCGGCGAGUCGAAUAAGCUAAAGAAAUUGUGCAAAUAUUGUAAAAAUAAUGUACUAACUGGACCAUCGUGCGUGAAGUGUAAUGUGCCAUUCCACAACAGUUGUGCGAAAAGAGUAAAAGUAUGCUGCGACAUGCCAUUGAUUGAAAAUACUCAACCUGAACACAGUGAUGCAUCUUUGACCGAAGAAGCAUAUCUCAGGGAAGAGAAUAAAUUACUUAAGCAAAUAGUAACUGACAAAGAUACAAUAAUCAAUGACAAGGAUAGUAUAAUAUCAUUAUUGCAUGACAAAAUCACUUUAUUAGAAGAAAAAUUAUGUAGAAAUAAUAACAAAAAUGAUGUGUUCUCACUAAGUUCAAAGCAAAAUCCUUCUGUUAACGAAGCAAAAAAUGCAUUAUCAAAAACAUGCUCUGUUGAAAGUACCAAAGAUAAUCUUGCUAAUGAAAGAGUGAACAAAAACACUAAUCUCUUGAAGGACAUUCCGUCUGAAAUAAAUCGUCGUGAUAGGAGUAUGGAAUUACAGGUUGAUUCAUGCAUCAAAUCAGGCGAAAUAUCAAAGGAAAUCAUGAAAAUUCAGACCCUACAAAAAUGUGAGGAAUUGAUCAAUUUGGUUGAUUCUAGACCUGGAACUGCCAGACUAGAUGGAGAACAACCACAUUUCUCUGGUGAGAACGACGCUGCUGUGCCUUCAAAAGAAGAGAAAUGGAAUUUAGUUCAGAAGAAAAAUAAACAUAAAAAAAGAGCAGUGGGCCAGGCUGACGCUGAAAACCAAAAUCAAAAAUUUAAAGGUCAAUGUCCGAAAGUUUGGAUGUUUCUGAAUAGAGUGAACCAAGAUGUAAAUAGUGAGGACAUUGAGGAAUACUUGAAGACUAAGAUUGGCAAUGAAGGUGAAUUUAUUGUCAAGAAAUUGAGAACAUCUGAGGGAAGCAGGUUCACAAAUUUCAUGGUUGCUGCUGAUCUAAAGUUCAAGAACUACUUUUAUAGCCCUAGUUUUUGGCCAAGGGGAGUAGGCUAUAAAAGAUUCAAUUUUGAUCUUUAUUACCAGAAAUAUGGAAUACGAGAUGUUCUGGAAGGCAACGUAGAAGUGGAUCGGCCUAUUUCUUUUUUAGACCCACUGAAACAUUAUAAAUGA